AUGGCUUGUCGAAAAGAAGAGGAGAUACAAGAUCCCGACAUGUUAGCCAUCGGGAAAGAGAUUGCUAGAAAGUGCUCUGGAGUUCCACCGGUUGUUCGGACCGUUGGGAGUCUACUAUUCUUCAAGAAAACUAAAUUGGAAUGGUUACAUUUCAAAGAAAAAGAGCUCCCUGAAGUGUCUCAAAGGGAAGACCGCAUAAUGUCUAUUCUUAGGCUAAGUUAUUAUCACCUGCCUUCACAUUUGAAACAAUGUUUCGCGUUGUGUUCAUUAUUUCCCAAAGAUUAUGAGAUAAAGAAGCAAACUUUGGUUAAUCUUUGGGUUGCAGAAGGAUUUAUAGAGCCAUCAAAUAGAAGUCAGCAUUUAGACGAUAUUGCUCAUGGUUAUUUUAUGGAUCUACUUUGGAGUAACUUCUUCCAAGAUUUUCAAAGAGAUCCAUUCACGGAAGUGGAGACUUGCAAGAUGCAUGAUUUGAUGCAUGAUCUAGCCUGCUUAGUUGCAGGGACCGAGUGUUGGGUGGCAUGGGAUGACACAAAAUCUGUGCUGAAAAGAACUCGUCGUAUAUCUCACGGUUUAACUUUCAAUGUAAUAGGUGAACUUCCAAUCUCACGCUUCAGAGCAAGCACACUGAGAACAUUUUUUUCUGUUGUGCCAAAACCUAUGUAUGGGGAAAUGGAACAAAGAGAACCAACAAGUGAAGCAGAUUUACGCCUAAUCAUUCAAAGUUGCAAGAGCUUGCGCAUCUUGGAUGUGUAUGCCACAAAUGUCAAGAAGGUGCCAAGGUCCAUUUGUAAGUUGAAGCAUCUCACCUAUCUCGAUUGCUCUCACAAUAGUGCACUCAAACGGCUUCCUGACUCCAUUACUAGAUUGCAGAAUUUGCAAACACUUAAUCUUUACGGUUGUUCUGCCCUUGAAGAAUUGCCAAGGGGUAUAAGGGAGUUAGUCAGCUUUCGAAAUUUAUACAUAGAUGAUUGUCAGAAACUUAGUUAUAUGCCAUGUGAACUGGGGCAGUUGAGUUCUCUACAUAGGCUAACGCAUUUCAUUUUGCCCAAAGAUAAAACUCUUGCGAAGAAUUAUUGCGGACUUGGGGAACUAAAUGGGCUUAAUAACAUCCGGGGAAGCCUUAGCAUUGAAAAUUUGAAACACGUAUCAGAUGUAGUAGCAGAAUCCAAGGCUGCAAACUUGAUAGGAAAGUCUUCUCUGGAAUCUUUGGAACUCCACUGGGGCUAUCUCGAAUCUGAUGAUGCAGUUACUAGGGAUAGGGAUGAAGCUCUACUAGAUGGACUAAGGCCGCACUCAAACCUGCAGAAGUUGAAGAUCGACGGAUAUGAAGGUGAGAGCUUUCCAAGGUGGAUGAUGAACAGCCUUGUCAUUUCCUUGCCAAAUUUAGUUGAGCAAGGACUCAAGAGUCUUUGGUCCGUGGACAUCCGUUGCGUUCCCAAACUAGCAUCUCUCCCGCAGUGGCUUCUACAGCUCAGCGAUCUCCAUCUUCUUUCCAUUAGAAACUGCUUAAAUCUGAAGGCAUUACCAGAGCAGAUCGAGGCCCUUCAAUCACUUCAAUGGCUUGAAAUCAUCCGGUGCCCCUCGUUGACAUCAUUACCUAAAGGAAUGCGGGGGCUUGCAUCCCUCAAUCACCUAAGAAUCGCAGGUUGCAUGGAUUUGGAGGAGAGGUGCAAAGAAGACGCAGGCGAGGACUGGUACAAGAUUGCUCAUAUCCCGCACGUAUCUCACCAGCUCCGAUCUUAUGACUAG